AUGGCAGCCAAGGCAUUAAGUUUCACUGAGGUUGUCGAACAAGUGGCCGAUAAUGCAGAGGAUGUGUAUCAAAAUUAUGCAGACAAAUACUUAUCAGGACCAGAAGAAGAAAGGAUCGAGAGUGAGACAGAAAACACACAAUCAGCUGCCUAUGGUUUGAUGAGAAAAGCUCUUGAAACAUGAAUGUUAAGUUAUGCUUCGGUUCUUUUUGGCAAGAGUUGAUUAUGGUUGGAUAUGAUUAAUAGAAGACUAGGAGGUUGUCCAAAAAUUCGCAAUGCUUUCAACGGAAAGUGCUGUAGAGAUAUUCCUUAUGCUGUUUUUGGAGCUCUUCAGGCAGCUUUGAAGUCAAGCACUUUACCUGAAUUCAUUGAACCAAACUGUUAUAUUUCAAGUAACAGAAAAGCAGCUGUGAUUUCCUUUACCUCAUUAAAGAGUGUUAUCAAUCUUUUUACCAUAAUUUGCGGGUACACCGAAAUGGAAGUGAGAAAGUACUGCAGUCGAAGUCUUAAAUCAAAAGGAAACGCAGAGCUGAUUGUAAACAAAGUGAAGGAUUUUGCUUUCAUUUAUAAAUAUAAAAAAGGUCAAUUUAUCAUAAGCUUUAAUUUUGGAAUUUGGAAUCCUAAUGGAUUUCCUCAGCAUACUUGA